AUGUCCAAGAUGCGGGUGGAAAAGGCGGUUGUCGAGGACAGCUCGUCCGCCGAGCAAGGGAACCCAGAGGGGCGACAAUGGGAUUCAAAACUAGAGAAGCAAGCACGGUGGAAAGUCGACUGCUCCGUCCUGGCUCUCCUUUUCCUCGGCCUCCUAGUCUUUCAACUCGACCGCAUGAACCUGGCCAGCGCCCUCACAGCGGGUUUCGCCAAAGACAUCAACAUCAGCCAAGACACGAUCAACCUCGGCAACCAGCUCAUGUUCAUGGGAAUUGUCCUUUUCGAAAUCCCGUGCAAUGUGGCCCUACAACGAUUUGGACCGCGAAAGUGGAUGUCCGCCCAGGUAUUCAUGUUUGGCCUCGUGGCAACCAUGCAAGUCUUCCUUCGUGGCCGCACCGGCUUCUUGCUGGUCCGGCUCAUUCUUGGCCUGAGCGAAGCGGGAUAUAUCCCCGGGGCCGUGUACACCUUGUCAACCUGGUACCGCAAGCGGGAGCUGUCCCGACGAGUGGCCAUUCUCUUCUUUGGCAUGUUUGGCGGCAAUGCCAUCAGUCCCCUCUUGGCGUCUGGUAUUCUGAAGCUAGACAAUGCCCGUGGCCUUCGUGGUUGGCAAUGGCUUUUCAUGCUUGAAGGGUUGUUCACCGUUUGUGUCUCGUUUCUCUUUCUUUUCUUCCUCCCUGGCUCUCCCGACGAUCCUGGGCCACUCAUAGGCCCUGGGAUUAUUCGCAUUUCCAAAGAUGAACAGGAUGUUCUGCAGAAUCGCAUCGAGGACGACGACGCCGAAAAGCGCCCAGGGGCCCAAGGGCUGGCAAUACCAUGGAAGCUCGUCUGGCGCACUGUCAAGCACUACCGUCGAUGGCCGCACUAUGUGUCGACAUUUGCCGUGUUUUCGACCUGGAGCCCCUUGACGACAUAUACUCCGUCAAUCAUGAUGGCUCUUGGCUUCGACCGCACUGCAGCCAACGCUCUCGCGGCUGUUGGCGCCUCUCUAGCCCUCGUUGUUGUCUUCCUCUUUGCGUACAUGAGCGACAGGACGAAUCUGCGAGGUGGUUCCGUGAUUGCCGCCCACGUCUGCUACCUCGUUGCCUUGGUAGUGGCUCGUCAAGUCCAUCCUCAUGUUGGCAAGUGGUCUCGCUGGGGCUUGUGGACCGCGGUGAACAGCUUCGCCGUUGGCUACCAUCCUGUUCAUAAUUCUUGGGUUCAGCUUAACUGCAGGGAGCCGGGGGAGCGGAGUAUUGCUAUUGCGAUGUGGGUCAUGUCUGCCAUCAGCGGGUUGAUGGUAGGAACUCAAUACUUUCGUGCAGGUGAUGGCCCAUUUUAUCGGGCUGGCCUUCGCACUAUGAUUAUCAUGGUAUCGCUUGGCAUCGUCUUUGCCGCUCUUCAGGAGGCUCUUUACAUCAUACAUAACCGGAGGGUGGCGCAGGGGAAGAAUCGGGGCAGAAAUGGUUUGGCCCCAAUGAUAUAUGUGCCGUAG